AUGAACCAAAAAACAUAAUAACUUACACUUUGUCUUCCUGAAAAAAAUCUUCCAAAUUUUGAUUGGUUCCUGUACCGGAUGUGCGUAAUCGGGUAGAAUAAUUUCGGAUUUUUAAUUUUGAUUUUCACAUUAGACUAAAACGACAUUCUGCAUGCUGUUACCUCUCUGAGAUAGAUUUAAAUAGAUACAACACAGAUUUGGAGUCUAAGUAUACACACAUACAUGUGUGGAAUCAUUGCGCUAUUCAUGGACUUCAUUUAAUGAAAUGAUCGUCAUUAUGAAUUUUGGGAAAUGAGCAGUCUUAACAUGACCUCGGAUUUUGAUCCCGGGUCGGUUCAUUACGGAAUUGUGCCUCUAGGAGCUGGAAAUAGCACAGGCGGACUUCAUGUUAUACAUAUUGAUGAAAAGAUCCAAGGAAAUGUGACUCUGCCUAGCUCAUCAGGGGUGACCCCUAUAUAUGGUGCAACCACCACCACCGAGACACCAGUGAAGAACAUAUUGCCUUAUGUGUUUAUACCACUUGGGGCUCUUUUAUUUAUAGCUAUCCUGUCUUUCUUGAUCAUCUUUAUAUUGAAGAAAACCAGAUUGGAUAAGCUGCGGCACCAUCUGAUGCCUGUGUACAGUUUUGACCCAGAGCAACUUCAUGAUGAAGACUGGGAAUCAGAGCUACUUGAGGAAGACAAGGAACAGCAAGCUGCACUAAAGAUGAGGAACAGUCCUAGUCCACAGCAUUAUAGACCUGCAGGCGGGAAGCUCAUAUUCAAAGACACUAAUAGCCUUGAUGUAUAGUCUCACAGAGAGAGUCAUGAUAUGGACAGUGCAUGUAUAGUCACUUUUGGAUAGUCACAUGUGAAGAGAAAAGUUCUAUAGAAAAUGCUUUAGUCACUGAGACAGCCUCCUCAAGAAAGUCACAUUUGUACAGAGAAUGUUGAGUCACAUGUGUACUCAUGCUUAUAGUCACAUAUGUACAUGCACAUAUGGUGUAUAGACUCAUGUAUGCAGAGUAUGUAUAGUCACAUGUAUAUUUAUGAUUAUAGUCAUGUGUGUACUUAUGACUAUAGUCACAUAUGUACAUGUACAGAUAGUGUAUAGUCACAUGUAAACAGAGUAUGUAUAGCCACAUGUGUACUUUUGAUUAUACUCACAUAUAUACAUGUACAGAUGGGUAUAGUCACAUGUAUACAGAGUAUGUAUAGUUAUUAGUCACAUGUGUACUUAUGAUUAAAGUCACCCAACAUGGUGCUUAGUCAAUUUGGGAUGGUCAACCAACAUAUGGUCAUGUAUAUUAAACUUGAUAUUUUAUAAUGGAUCUGACGUCACAAAAGGCAUAUGUUGAUCAUGUGACCUAAAUUGCCCUUAGCUGUGGACCACUUGAAAUAUUCAUAAACAAAUCUGCAGAUAUAUAUAUACACAGUGUACUACUUUAUUUAGAAUUGUGUGCGUGAAUGUCAAUACAAACUACUUUGAGGAUAAGGGAAUGUCAUUAGUGUACAACAUAGUUUCAGGCCCGUAGCCAGCUUUUGCCAAGGGGGUUGACUUUUCAAAAAAUUCAAGGGGGGUUCACAUUUGACAACAUUGACCCAAAAUCACUUGAAGAGUGCUCGG